AACAUGAAGCCAGAUUCACGAACCUAGAACAGAGAGAUGAAGAAAAGGCCACCCUUAUUGCUAAAUUAGAUGAUGAUAUUAAGAAAAUCAAACAGGAACAAAAUGCUGUUAAUAUUUCAGCACAAAGCAAUACAUCCAUACCAAACAAAUAUGUUUUAUUUGACGUGAUCCCUCUGGGAUCUGCUGAUCUAACUUCAGGUUCUGUACCUCAUUUAGCUCAUUUAUUUGACAAGGCUGAAAAAACUGUUAAAUGGUCAACAAAUGAAACUAAACAAAGAGUAUAUGAAGGGUUUAAAAAUAUUAGUGGAAUGAAAAAUGUAAUUGGUGCAAUAGAUGGAAGUCAUAUAGUAUUAGCAAAUGUCUUAUUAAAACAACCUGAGACAUAUUGGAGUAGGAAAAAAAGAUAUUCUAUACAAUUACAAAGAAUUGUAGAUCAUAAAGGCAUAUUUAUAGAUUAUGAGAUUGGAUGGUCUGGUUCAGUUCAUGAUGCUAGAGUAUAUAAAAAUUCUCAUUUUUAUCUUAAUGCUUCUGAAAUUAUUAAAGGUAAUGAAUUUUUACUUGAAGAUUCAGCUUAUCCAAUAUCAACUUUUGUAAUUAAACCUUUUACAAAUUCUUAA